UAUUAUUAUUAUUAUUAUUAUUUCUAUUAUAUUUAAUUUAUUUUAUUUUUGUUUUGUUUGCUGUGUGUUGCCUUUGUAGCACCGGUCCGGAACCAUACUCUAUCCCAGGAACAGAUACGACGCAUAUUUAUUAUUAAAAAAAUAUAAUAAACAAUUAAUUAAAUGUUUACGAUGAUGCAUGUCUGCAUAUAUUUCUUUUACUCUGUAUAUUUUUUUAUCGAAUCUGGCAACCGAUGGCAUCCCACUGAAAGACUACAUAUAUUGGUUCUCGCCCGUCAGUCAGUCUCAGACGUGGACCACCAUUGACACGCUUCUCACACUCAGACGUACUUGAAGGUUUGUAGAUUUCAAGUGACUCAGGACCGCGGGGCACACAGCGGGGCUUGCUGGGAUGAAGCACGCGAUCAGCAGCAGCGUAGUAGCCUUGGUGGUGCUGAUGGCGGCGGCGGCACGAAGCAGAACCGUCGAGGAGCGCGCCAUCAGUGGGGGUUACAGCGGAGCGCUCAACAACGUGGGGCAGUUCUGUGACAGCCGCAACAUCUGUGGCUGGGAGAUCUACGGAGACCUGCAGCAACACGUCUACUACCUCCGUAACCAGUGUGAGUGUCCGCCGUUCACACGCUGCGUCAGGGUGGAGGAAGACGUGCUGCAGGAGGCCUACGUCUACAGAUGCCGAAGGAUCAUCACGGCCCAGUACGUCUGAAGACUGCUGGGACGAAGCGAGGCGCGGGACGAGGGGCGGAGGGAGGCGCGGCGAGACGAGGCAUAGAAUACUGGGAAUGAAAUCAUGAGACAUUAUAUGCUUUUUCCAUCUUUUGGGAAUGUGCUCCCAGCUGGUUUUGGUGACACGGACUGAUUUUUAAUUUUUUUUUCGUUUAGCGUAUAUUUAUUUUUUGGCCGGUUGCGGCGCGGGUGGGGUGUCAGCGACUAUUCACUCUUUGCAUACUGGAGCUUAAUUGUUAUGUCGCUUAUACAAAUAAAGGCGUGUUUCAGGUGUGCUGUGGUGGUCCUCCUUCCUGUGCGACACACACACACACACACACACGGCCUAUUUAAUAAUUAUCUAGCCAUCAAUGUCCUGUCGUUAAGUGGUGCUUUAUGUGGCGAAACAGACAAUUAUGUGUGUGGAAUUGUCAUUUUCCUGAAACAAUAAUCAGAUUGAAUGACUGUCCCAAUCUUUAGAUAGGCAGCGAUCACACUGUGCUGGCAGCGUCUGGAACAGGGAAAUAGGAUAAUUGGAUGACAAUAAUUGCCACUUGUGUUUUAGAAGUGCAGGAGACUCGUUAAGAUGGAAAAAUGAGAUAACGUGGACUAACAUUAAUUACUGCUUCGUAGAUGACUUUGUGCGUUGUGCUGCUCCUCCAAGUUGAGAUGCUCAGUCUUCUUCACUUCUAACAACAUGCAGGUUUUUUAAUUAUUCACCAAUGUGUUACUAUCAUUAAUUUUCACAGUAAUUGUUCUGUUAAGGCUUAUCAGUGACCUGUUUUGGCAGCGUGUUGAGGAGAAUGUUAGGAUUCUGUGGCUGUCCUUCAGCAUGUUCGUGUUUCCUCUGCCUAUUUCACUGUUUACGUAAUGACGGAAAAGGAAAUAGUGUUAAUACCGAUAAGCCCUAAAUUACCACUUAGGAGCAUCAUCACGGCGAGUUCCAGUCGUGCAUUCAACAUGGGAACGUCGCAGGCUAUUAAAACACCCAUAUGUUCCUGGGAAAUGCAUAAUAAAGAUACAUUUCUGUCCAUUUUAUUAAGUUUUCAAACUAUGUAAACCGUUGGUGAAUCAUUAUCCGUUGGUGAAUUAUAUUCAAAUAA